AUGGCCACAGAGGGAUCUGCGGACAUGGAAAGCUCGGACGAAUCCACAGCCCCGACAGGGACGCGGAGCCCUCCGCGAGGCCCCCCGCCGCCACAGCCGAUCCAAGUACUGGCACCGCUGUCGCAUAGGUUGUCCAGUGCGAUCGGACAGGCAUUGCGGGAGUCAGGCCUGGAUCCACAGUGGAUCAUGACGCAUGUCCCCUUCGACUGGCAGCAGUUCACCUCGGUCACGGUCAGGGUAGAGCAUCUCCGCCACAACGACCAGGAGCACCCGAACAUUCUCUUCGUUGGGGAUGACUGUGACACCAUAGGCCCGGAGGCCCCUUCUUCGUCGGCGGCCAUAGCGGAGCAGAUGGAAGGCGAGGGCCGGACGAGGAUGACGGCGGCUGAAGUGGAAAGGCUUUAUGUGGAGGAGGCCUUCGAUCGACUGGAGAGCGAUUUGGCCUUCGCCGAGCUCAUGGCCGAGGACGACGAAGAGGAGGCAGAGACGGAUCACGAUGGACACGCCCUCCACCAGGAUGGCGAGGACCAGUUCCACCACCAGGCCCUCCACCGGGAUGGCGAGCUCCAACUCCGGACUGGGUGUUUGGCUCUCGCAGGGGCAAAGGUCCUAACAGACCGCUCAGACGAAGGCAUUGCCAUCAGCAGGCUGACUUGGAUGAAAACAGCAGUGUUCUACAGUGCGCUUGCAAUCGGCAUGUACGUGAUACUGCUCUACCUCUACAUGUUUCCCAUCCUACCCAGCUCUAUGACGGCCAGGUACACUACCUCGACCUUCACGGACUCUGCUUCGGGGACCACAUUCAGCUCCACGCAGGUUCGAUGGGCCGGGCCAUUUCAGCUCUACUACCAUGCGGCAGGUUGGGCCAGUCCCAAGUCUGGCCGUGUGCACAGGAUGCCUGAAGUUUCGACAAAGAUUGCGGGUACCAGGGAGGCCGAAUGGCCCACUUAUGCAGACAGCACCAGAAUCAAACGCACGUACAAACGUGCCUUCUCCCGUGCCUGCAGGACGCAUCGGCCAUCAGACUGUGUGCAGAACAGGAGGCCGCUCCAAAUACUUACAUGGAACGCGGGAGGUCUUCAUGCACAGAUUCUUCGCGAGGUCGAGACCUACGCAACCGACGCGUCCUUGGACAUUUGUGUCCUUCAAGAAACGCGGUGGGCCUACGAUGCGAAUUGGAGCACCCCAGAUUUCCAUUUUAUUCACUCGGCAGGUGCAGCCUCCGAGGACAAAGUCGGGGGGCUACUGACAAUGGUCUCGACUCGACUAGCCAAGUCCUCAGAGAUACAACUUCAUGCGGCACAUCCGGGCCGGCUUCUACAUGUCAGAAUCAAUCGAUCCCACCCCAUCGACGUUAUGAACGUCUAUCAGUACACUGCCAAUGAUCACAAGCUUACCCCCGUACGCAGGCAGCAGUUCCUCACGAAGCUCCAAAAGACCCUCCGAGGCAUCCCCAACAGACAUGUUCUGAUCCUUGCCGGAGACUUUAACACUACAUGUACCACCAUGGACAAGGUCUGCGGCAGAUGGACUAUGUCUAUGUUAUCUCGAGAACAUCACAACAAGGAGUCCGAGGACCUCAUGGCAAUCCUCUCAGCUUUUGCUCUGACUGCUCUGAACACGUGGAAUAGGUCUCCUACCGUCUCCGUGGCACUCGAGGGCAUCAUCGACAUCGCGACCAAACUGUACCCGGUGUCAUCCGUCAGCACCCCAGACGAGGCGGUCAGCGUGGUCACAGCAUGGCGACUAUGGGCCCAAUUUGUGCAGGCACACCGGGCCCAUAAACAGAAAGCCAAAGCCAAAAGCAAAGCUUACAAGCAGGAGUUGUUGGACACGGCUCAGCAAGCAGCGCGGAGAGGCGACAUGCACCAGGUGUGGAAAGUGGUACACUCGCUUGCUCCGAAGGUCCGGCGCAAGCCCUUGCAGCUUUAUCGGGACGGACACAUCAUGACCCCAGAAGCGGAACUGGAUUGGAUCAUAGAGGCAUUCGGGGCGCGAUAUGGAGCUAGAACACCUCCCCAAACCACCCGAUCACGGCAGUAUCCACCGGUUCAGGUCUCCGUGGCGGAGGUAUGGCAUCAACUUGAGCACCUCUCUGUCCGCAAGGCUGUACCGCGAUCGGCUGCACCCUCGGUCCUUUGGCGGGCCUGCUCAUCGGAGAUUGCGCAAUUCAUUGCCCAGCAGGUUAACCUUCAAUGGCAGCAGCCAGAGCUACAAGUAGAACAGGAUUGGGCCGAUGCCUCUGUUGCACUUCUCCCUAAGCCGAAGGGUAAGAGUGAUAAACCGCUGGAAUGGAGGCCAAUCGGCCUGCAACACCCCAUCGGGAAGGGACUGAUGAAGAUCCUCAUCACCAGGGCCAAGGACCAGAUUCAUCAACUUGUGUAUUAUUGGCCUCAGUGCGCUUAUGUUCCGCAUCGGAACACAUUCACGGCACUGAAACGAGUCCUUAAUCAUUGCAGGUAUGUAAGAGAUCAAGCGGCCAACCAUCGGCUUACUGUACAUCAGCAACAUGCAGGAGUACAGCAGAUCCACAACAGCGGGGGACUACAAGUGUGUAUGGACCUCACAGCUGCAUUUGACUUAGUCUCCUGGGGUGCUGUUCGUGAGGCGCUGGAGCUCGCACAGAUCGACCCCUCCAUUCAGGAGGUCCUCAUGCAAUGGUUAAGCCAGGUCAAGUAUAUCUUUCGCCACAAACAACAUGAGAAGGAAAUCUGGCCCAGCUGGGGACUGCGACAGGGAUGCAUCGGAAGCCCGGUGCUCUGGUCGGCCUUCACGGCUCUACUUUGCAGGGCUAUAGAUUUGCGUAUGAGGCAAUCAUGGUGCUCCGAUCAUGCCACUCUCUACGCUGACGACAGCCACCUGCGCUGGACCUUCCAGACCGUAGCCCAGUUCGAACAAUCUAUUCAAGAGCUUAAUUGGACGUUCGCUGUCUUCAGGAGACUGGGCAUGCAGGUCAAUCGGGACAAGACACAGGCCAUUCUUUCAAUCACGGGUGAUUUUCGCCUCAUUGUCUCCUACGAACAGUUCGAGUGGCAAUCGGUGAGACACAGAGUCACCAAGGCGCACAAGCGGCGCUGGGCCUUGGCAUCGCUCCUGCACGCCAAGCGCGUGUCCAUUCCUUAUAAACUUCGCUUGUGGCGCAGCUGCGUUCAGUCUUCCAUGAUGUAUGCCCUACAUUGUCUUUGCCUACAACCAGGGCAGAUUCGAUAUCUACAACGCGCCAUCAUGAAGCACAUCAGGGCUAUCACCUCAGACCAAGCCUUUCUCACCGGCAAUACACAUGACUUCAUUUCGGCCAAGUAUGAGGUCCAAUCAGCUCAUGAUCUUCUGCGACAGGCUCAUGACAACGAGCUUCAGGUGGCUCGCCUAGGAGACUGGAUCCUUGAACACGACUACAACCAGGCCAUCAGUCGCAGCCUGCAGGAGGAUGCAAUGCACCAAGUGCAAGGCUCAGAUGAGGAAUCCAAUGUGUGGACUUGUCCAGUUUGCCUGGAGCAGUUCCCCACAACAGCGGCCCUGAAGAUACACGCUAGAAGAAAGCACAAGUUGGUCGACAGUCCGGCUCAGGUCUUUGACCGCACCAAACACUCGAUGGCGGGUCUUCCACAGUGCUCGGGAUGUUUGAAAAAGUUCAGCAGAUGGCAAACUCUUGAGUGGCAUAUCAAUCAUCAUGCGUGUCCGGCCAUGAAGUCCACCACAGUGCAGGCUCAGAGUUUCGAGGAUCGAGAGACCAUCGCACUGGCACUGCCCGUUGCUGACACAUCCGAGUUGCUGUACAGUUCAAGGCGAAGCAGGAAGCGGAGCCGACUUGGUCAUUGGGCCUUGGGCCAGUUCCCACUCCGUAUGGUGUUGGCCAAUGCCCUCUUCCGGGAACUCAUCGACAGGCUGAACAAAGUCCUGGCCUCGCAAGAUCGCCUCAAGGCGGUCAUGGAGCAAGGCUGGCGGGACGACAAAGGAUGGAGGUUCCAGGUAUGGAACCGAACUCUGCGUCACCUCGAGCACGACAGGACCAGGCCACCAAUCCCGGACGACAAACUCCUGGAUCACUUGGCCACCAUCACCCAGUGCCUGAAAGCUGUAAUCAUCACCCGCUUUUGCUGCACCCGCAAGAUGACGGAGACGAUGUCGUCUCCGGCAACGUUCAAGAUGGACAUAUCCUUGCGCAGCCACAGUGCAUUGACAAUGUGGGACACCAUGAGGGCCCUCCAGGGGAAUGCGGUUUUUCAGCUAGUGGGCAUGGGGUUCAAGACAGAGUCUCUGGGCAGAGGCCCGGAGGAGCAGCGGCUCAGGGACAUGGUCUUCGGCCGACGCUGA